CUCUGCAGACUCUCUAUGAGUCCAUUUGUUUCCACUCGUCGUUCAUCUGGAAUGAAGUCAGAGACGAAGACUGGAGAGGAAGAGGAGGGAGGAAGAGACAGAGAGAGAGUGAGAGACGUGAGGACGAAGGAAGAGAGAAAACAGGAUCUGGAGCAGAAGCUGUCAGUCAUCCUGUUUGGACCAAUCAGGUGGCAGAGAGAGCCAGCAUCGCCAUGACAGAGUGACGGCCAGGCAGAGCCAUGAUGGCAAGCAUCAGAAAACAUCUGAACCUUCUGCACCUUCUGUUAGGCGUGAUUUUCAUUGGUCUUGAUGGGGUUGAUUCUCUGGAGUUGGUACCUUCAGCCUCUCAAGUCCUGCUGGACUCAAACUCCAACUACACAGUGGUGUGUUCUGGGUGGAGCGAGGUGACGUGGAGGUUAACUGAGGACUCUCAGGUGGAAGGCGUCGUGGUCCAGAAUCAGGGGUCCAGUAGCGAGCUGCAGCUGGUUAACGCUACCUGGAGGAAUUCUGGAAGAUACACCUGUGAGGAGGAGUCAUCUGACCAGAGUCGAUAUGUGGACAUAUUCAUUCCGGGAAAAGGUCCGGAUGAGUGGUUCAUCCCGUCGGUUCCAGGUUUGGUGAUGAAGGAGACAGAGGAAGACACCAUCCCCUGCGUGGUGUCUGACCCCCAUCUCAAUGUCUCUCUGUACGAGCACGGCAAACAGACAGCCGUUGUCGGGAUGGCGUACGAGCCGGGACGCGGCUUCACGGGACAUCUCAACGACACGUCGUACGUCUGUGUCGCCGUUCGAGGACACGAGGAAAAAACUUCCCAGGUGUUCUAUGUCUUCAGCAUUGUAGUGCCUAAGGUGAUGGAGGUGGAUCUAUGGGUGUCCAGCAGUGUGUUGAAGAGGGGGGAGGUGCUCACAGUGACCUGUACUGUCAGAGACACUGAGAUGGUUUUCUUCUCUUGGAACUUUCCCCGUAGUCAGGACAUCCAGCCUCUGACAGAAUUUCUACCCAAUCAGAUCCGUUCCUUCAUUAACAUCACCGCGGUGACGGCAGCGGAUUCAGGUGUGUAUGCGUGUGAAGUUCAGGAGACGAAGGAGGGACGGACUGUGGAGAAAAAUGUUACAGUGAGAGUGCUGGAUCGGGGGUACGUCUACCUGUGGCCUUCAGGGGAGGCCAACACGUCGUCCCUCCUCCAUCACACGGUGGAGUUCAGCGUGGAGAUCGAUGCCCACCCACCUCCAACCGUCCAGUGGACACGAAACAACCAGACGAUCGCCACGGAAACCACUUCUACUGCCACCAAGCACAUAACGGGCAGUAGGUAUAUGAGCACAUUGAGGCUGGUGCGGGUGCAGCUGGAUCAGGCAGGAAGUUACGCGGCAACAGCGUCCAAUGAAGACGAUGAAGACCAGGUCAUCUUCCAGCUGGAGGUCAAAGCUGCCCCAAGGAUCACGGCUCUCUCAGAGGUUGACAGUAAAACUGUACUGUGUGUCAGUGAGGGAACUCCGCCCCCUACAGUCACCUGGUACACCUGUCACAACUCCGACGGGUGCAGCACUUCGAGUGGCAGCUGGACGAGCCUCCUAGAAUCCUCGGAGGGCGUGACUCUGCAGAGCAACGUCAGUCAGGUGGAAAGGGGCGUCGCCCAGGUACGCAGUGUGUUGACUCUCCAGUCUCUCAACUCUGUGUCGGCCGUCCGCUGUGAAGUGAGAAACUCUGCAGGAGGACGAGCACGCGACCUCCGAGUACUCUCUACUUCUCUCCUGUCCCAGGUUGCCGUGCUCGUUGUAGUUUUGGUUCUUGUCAUUGUUGCUGUCAUCUUUCUCAUCAUCCUCAUCGUCCUCUGGAGAAAGAAGCCUGGUUAUGAAGUACGUUGGAAAGUGAUUGAGACAGUUAGUCCUGAUGGACAGCAGUACACCUACCUUGACCCCACCCACCUACCCUACAAUGCCACCUGGGAAAUACCACGAGACCGUAUAGUACUAGGUCAGGUUCUGGGUUCAGGUGCAUUUGGACGUGUUGUCGAGGCAACUGUCUCUGGCCUGAUUCACUCUGAUUCUACAACUAAAGUGGCUGUAAAGAUGGUGAAACGUACGUCUGCACAUGACCCACCAAGUGCUACAGUAUAUGGUGGAGUGGUACAUCACACAAGCAAUGUGAGAGAGCGGAGAGCCACAUUGCACCAUGGAAGUCCCAGGAUGGAAGCCAUGCAGUCUGUGGAGAGGCCAAUGGUGAACUACCUGCAGAAGAACAAGCAUUCCUUCCUCCAAGGAGACACUCAGAGUGGGAGUGAUGGUGGCUACAUGGACAUGAACAAAGAGGAGAGCGUUCAGUAUGUCGCCAUGAAGGAGCUCAACUAUGCCGACAUCGAACCCGCAGUAUAUGAGACCCCGGACACGCCUGCAGACCAGCAGGAGGCUCCAGCGCUCCUCCUCAGUGACUCUCCCCUCCUCAGCCUGCAGGACCUUCUCAGUUUCUCCUUCCAGGUCUCUCAGGCCAUGAACUUCCUGUCCUCUAGAAAGUGUGUCCACAGAGACCUGGCAGCGAGGAACGUGCUGGUGUGCGAGGGGAAGCUGGUGAAGGUCGGGGACUUCGGAUUGGCUCGAGACAUGCUAAAGGAUCAAAAUUACGUCGCCCGUGGAAACAGCUUCCUGCCAUUGAAGUGGAUGGCUCCAGAGAGUAUCUUCCAGAACGUCUACAGCUCUCAGAGUGACGUGUGGUCCUACGGAGUGCUGCUGUGGGAGAUCUUCUCUCUGGGUUCCAGUCCGUACUCUGAACUGCCCAUGACCCAGGAGUUCUGCUCCGCUCUGAAGAGAGGACACAGGAUGAGUCGGCCACAACACGCUCCUCCUCACAUGUAUGAACUGAUGAAGCAGUGCUGGGACGACAAGCCUCAGUCCAGACCAUCUUUCUCCUCAAUAGUAGCCACUGUGGGGAACCUGCUCAGUGAUGACUACAAGCAGCGUUACCUGCAGCUGACUGAAGAGUUCGUGAAAGGAAAAAAUCCUGCUGUCAAUCAGUCAAGACUGAGUUCAUCCAGACAGGAAGACAACAGAGACACACACGGAAGCUCCGCCCCUCAGGUGACAGUUGACCUCUUGGAGGCGGAGCCAGUGGAGGCGGGCCCCUCUCACGGUACUUACAUCCUCCCUGCCGCUGACGUCACCAUAGAAACUGACAGCAACGCUGCGCUGGACGCAGUCAGCCCUCAGCUGGACGAAUCUCUGGUGGAGCCUCCUACAGCGCCCCCUGCAGACCAGGAGGAGGAGGAGGAGAGCAACCUUUGAUGCUUUCAGCACUCUGAAAAACAAGGUGCUGGGCUAAGAAGUGUUGACCUCCAGGCCGAACUCUUGUAUACUCUCAUGUAUUCUGAUAGUUUGAGCUUCUGUUUAUUAAACUGCUUCUAGAUUCUGACGCAAGCGUCCAAUAAAGUAUGUUCAUUCCUCUGAAUCUCACUGU